AUGGGACUAUCGAAGAGCUGGCUGACAGUUUUGCUUCUCGGUCAAGGUAUUGCUGGCCUACCAGCUUUGCCAGACUCUGAUCGACUGGGUCGCCGCCAGUUAGCAGUUCCUCUACCACAAGGACUGAAUCCUAUCCAACCAGCGACAAUUGAAAAGUUGGCUCCAUUGCUAUAUCCAAUUGCAGAGCGAGAGAUUGUGCGCUACGGUCCACUUAAGCUUCGACCUGCUGGUGCUGCGCAUACGGAUGCAACUCUUGAUCCCAAUGGCAGUGCCUUCAGUGGAGUGCUUGAAGGGCUCUGCAAGAACUGCAUCAUCCUCUUUGGCAGUACCGACCUGACUUAUGAGAAUGGAUCUCAUGCAGACAUAGCCACUGGAGUCUACAAUCACCAUGUUUUUAUAGGGAAUAUGGGAAAGACUACACCGAAUCCAUUCAAUUGCUCCACUGAAAACCUUCCCCCUUUGCCCGGUGCCUCAACUACACCAGCCGCAGGAUCAGAGGCUGGAGGCCACUCCAAUGGUUCCGAAUCCAAUAUGGACAGCCACUCACAUUCACAUUCAAAGAGACAAUUCGCUGGCCUUACGCAGAUCAUGGGGAGUGGGGACGAUGGGACUCCAAUUGAUUAUUUUGUGAGGAAAGGUAACCUAAAGGCUGGAUCAUAUGUCAGUCCCACGGACAGAAUCAUCCAUUCUUCGGAGUUUGUGAACUACAGGAAAGAAGAGCAAAGCGUUUACAUCACCAUCCAAUAUGAGUACGUCCCUGGUCGCCCCGAAGGAUACAAAGACGCCUCCAUGACAUCCGUGAGCGUCUUGGGAUGCAGAGGCGUUGCAUACUAUCCGCCUGCGAACAAGUCAACCACCAUGCUCUCACCUUCCUACACAGUAACCAGAGCCGGGACUUUGUACAACAUGCAUGCUCACCUCCACGAUGGUGGUGUUGAUGUGAGCCUGUACGUCAAUCGCAUGCUAGUAUGUACUUCAACCGCUCUGUAUGGAGGUGAAUCAGGUACUCUUGUCCUCGAAGGUUCUGAGUGGCGAACCAUUCAGAACUAUACGAAGUGCCUGGAUCCUGUCAGUGUGAAGAAAGGGGAUGAGGUUAUCGUCGCAGCAACAUAUGAUCUCAUCAAACACAAACUACGUCCUAUGGCAUCAAUGGGUCAUGGUGACCACAGCUCAGAAGGGAUGGUCUCUGAUGCAGGAGGGGCAGAGGCAAUGGGAAUGCUGGCCAUCAUCUUUGCUGCGGACGACAGUCUUCCUGCUGCAAAUACAUCUUCAACGGUAAUGAAUGCUACCACUGGAGCGAAUGCUAUACGCUCGUAA